UCCAUUUACGCCUCACCUGCUCUCUUUCUCUCUCUUACAUCCUUAGUCUCUCUGGAUAGAGCAGACUCUAUUUUGCAGUAUAACAAUGCCUAACCAUGUUAUUCUGGCAUCAGGUGCCGUAGUUGCCGUCUCGGUUGCUGUCGCUACCGCUGUUGCCAUUUUCGAGUCGCCUGAAGUGCGACGAUAUGCCGACGAUGUUCGUCGCAGAAUAGCCAUCGCCUUGCACUCCAUGGGCGAAGGCAUCGACCCACCCUAUCGUGAGCCCAGAUUCAACAGACCAGAGGAUGCCGAUGGCUUCCUCCAGACCCGUGGCGGUGCCGAAGCUGGCGUCGACGCCGACGAGGAAACUCGUCGAAGACAACGUGAAGAACUGCUCUAUUGGAACUCGGUCAUGUUGGAGAAGCAAGAGAGGGAUCAGAAAGAGAGGGGCGAGACAAGCUCAUCUGUAGCAGACUCGCAACGACGAGGUUCUUCUUUCGAUGAUUUCCUCCGUCAAGACGAUGGCGCUGAGCAAGGAACAUAUGUUUUCAACACUGGAGCUGAUACCCGAGGAAUGGACGAAGGCCUGCGACGUCGCGGCGAUGGUCCCCGCGGUUUCACUCCUCUCUACACCAACCCUUUUGCCGACGAACACCACAUCGACCAUGACGAGAUCAACGACGAGCCCGAGCAAACCCGUCAAAUUGCUCCUGCUGCCGACGAAGUCUCCGAUAUCUACAGCGCCACCACCCAGGAUAAAGACGAGAAGCCCACUCCCGCCGUUCUUAUUGAUGCCAACCCCGCCCCCGCCCGCUCCGAGUCUGCCUCCACUGCUACCCUCGAGCGAGAGAUCGGCGUUGAUGAGUACAUGACUGCUGGCCAAGAAAACCGCGAUGAGGCCUACGCAUCCAUUCAGGCUUGGGCGCAAAACACCAGCACCGACUUUUACUCACCACUUCCCGUCACUCCUACCGCCCCCAUGUCCGAGCCUGAGAUUAUUAGUGACGACGGCAUGCUGACUCCCACCGACUCUGUUUCACUUGUUGGUUCGGGUGAGGAUAUUGCCAACGAUGCGCAAUCGUCCCGAGCAGACGAGAACGGCCGCUACUACGAUGUUAUGAGCGAGAGUUCUGGCAUGGCUACACCCGCUAGCUGGUCCGAGAUUGGCAGCGUCAUUAGCGAGAGUGAUGCCCCUGUCCCUGUGCGCCGAUAAAGUAUCGAACGGAGGCGCUCCAAGAUGAUUUGUACUUGGCAUGAUUGUGGAAAACGCCGCUGAAAUAAGUGGCAGACUUGGGUAUCGAACUUACAGACUAUGUCAUGGGCGAUAGUUUCUUUGAUUUGUUCUUUUGUCUUGGAGUCGGAGUUUGGGUUUUGGCACACUUAUUAUAUCCUUAGCAUCUGGCUAAUCUCGUUUCCUCAAUCAAAUCUAUCUCCC